CGUCCCGCCAUGGCGCUGCUGCGUGCGGCCGCGCUGCCGGCCGAGGGGUCCCCGGCCUGGCUGCCCACCCAUGUCCAGGUGACGGUGGUGCGGGCCCGCGGGCUGCGGUGCAAGAGCGGCGGCAAGGCGGGCACCAGCGACGCGUACACCAUCAUCCAGCUGGGCCGCGAGAGGUACAGCACCUCGGUGGCCGAGAAGAGCACCGGGAGCCCCGAGUGGCGGGAGGAGUGCGCCUUCGAGCUGCCCGCCGAGCCCGCGGCCUGCCCCGGCCUGCUCCUCACCGUCAUGCACCGGGCCCUGGUGGGCAUGGACCGCUUCCUCGGGCAGGCCCUGGUGCCGCUGGAGCCCGCCCUGCAGCAGGGCCGAGCGCCCGACGAGCGGUGGCACAAGCUCCACUCCAAGGCUGGGAAGAAGGAGAAGGAACGUGGUGAGAUCCUGGUGUGCAUCCAGUUCACACGGCACAACAUCACAGCCAGCAUGUUCGACCUGUCCAUGAAGGACAAGCCCCGGUCCCCCUUUGGCAAGCUGAAGGACAAGGUGAAAGGCAAGAAGAAAUACGACUUGGAGUCAGCCUCUGCCAUCAUCCCCAGCAGCAUGGGCGGCCUGGAUGUGGAGGAUGACUAUGACAUUGGGGGCAAGAAAUCCAAAGUGAAGGGCUUCUUCCUGAAGAACAAGCUCCGCAAGUCAUCCUUGACUCAGUCCAACACCUCCCUGGGGUCCGACAGCACCAUCUCCUCUGCCAGCCUGGGGCUGGCCUCGAAUGUCCCGGAGGUAUCCAGAUCCCCCAGCAGACACAGCAGUGUGUCCAUGGAGCGCUCUGUGAAGGACUUGUUGCCAUCCCCGAAGCCCACCCACAAGAGAGCAUUCAGUGACGAUGUCUCCCAGGUGAGCCCGGUCCUGGAGCCCAAAGCCAUCCAAAGCCUGAAGCCAAAGAACGACCCCGUGUCCCGCUCUUCCCUCUGCAUCAACGGGAGCCACGUUUACAGCGACGAGCCCGCACCAAAGAGCCCCGCGUGUGUCCCGCAGAGCUCCGGCGUUCCCAAGCAGCACCAGGAGGGCUCUGGCUUUGCUCCCGUCCAUGCCGAGCCCCAGGAGGUGCCUUGGGGGGUCAGCAGCUUUGAGAGGACCCAGCAGAGAGACGAGCCCAGGUUCAUCCCCUCUCCUCCCAGCUUGGCCCUGCAGGAGGAGCUCAGGGUCUCCACAAAAGCUGUCACCCUCAGUAACCACCUGGGCAGAGCCAGGAUGGAGGAGAGCAGUCGUAUGGAGAACAAACCCACCCAGGCUGCAGCUCCCAUGGUCUUCUCCACGGACACAGCGAAGGACAAGCAAGCUGAGGACACCAAGAAGGAAGAGAAGAGAGCAAAGGGAGGCCUCUUCCACCACGGGGGCAAUAAGAACGACACCGGGAGCAAGGGGCAAGGGGAGAAAGUGGGGUCUUCCCAUGGCUCGUCCAUCAUCCACACAGGAGGAGAUGAGAGGAGUAAGAGCAGCAGCUGGUUUGGUUCAAAGGAGUCUCCUCAGAAACCCAGUUUCCCGGCUGGGCCGCGCGCUGCUCCAGAGGUCGCUGGGAGCUUUUAUUCCUCUGAGGAUUCCAGUCCCUCUGCCUCCCUAAGACAUAAAGACCCAGAGAGGGAGUCUCCAGCCCCAAGCGUUGGUGUCCCCGUUCCUGAAACAACUCCCCCAUCACAAGGAGCCCUUCCUCCUCCUCCGGACAAGGUACCCGCGGUGCCUCCUCCCCUCUCGGAGUGGGACGAGACCUUCGAUGCCUUUGCCACCAGCAGGCUCAAACCGGAGCUGAAGAAGGAGAACUUCUUUGCCUCGGUGGCAGCGGAGGGCAUGGCUUUCAUCGAUGAUCCCGGUGCCGUCAGCCCCACAGAGAGAUCCGUGGAGGCACCGCAGGAGAAGGGGACAAAGGUGUUUGAAAAGGCGGAGGCGCAGAUCAGCACUGAAAUACCCGCGGCUCUACGGGCUUGGACCAACUUCUCGGGGUUGGACGUGGGGGCAAACCUGGUGAGCACAACCCAGGAAGCCACCGUGAUAGAGGACGUGUUGAGCCCUGUGGCUGUGGGGUCGAUGGGGAGGAGGAGGAAAAGCAGCACUCCUACCGUCUGGACGACCACGUUUGCAUCGGGAAACCCAGGGGAGAAAGAGGCUUCGACAGCACUGAGCGCUCCCAGCAGCGUUAGGGAGGAAGGGGACAGCAAUGAGGAGGACCCCUCUAGCGCAGGGACAAACGGCUGGAUGACCAUAGCCACCGAAACCAGCCCUGACCCAUCCGAGAGCAGCCAGAGCGGGGCAGGGCAGGAGAGCACCUUCAGCUCCCGUCCGGCCUUCCUCAGCGAGGGCACCUUCGAGGCCAAGAGCAGCUCCCGCGCCGCUCGCCUGCUGCCCAGCAGCACCUUCAGCCCCGAGCCGCCCUCCCAGCCCCUGCCAGGCAGCAACGUGGUGGCCGUGCCCCCGCGGGUGCUCCCAGACGUGGCCCCACGGCGGUUCCCUGUGGUCCCCGAGCCCGGGAUGGAGCCUCCGGGUGCUGGGGGUGAGGAGGACGCCUUCGACAUCCGGACAUCGGUGUACCGGCUCCAGGCCAGCAUGAGGCUGGAGGCCAGCGACAGCCGCGUGAGGCUCGGCUCUGACGCUCGGGACGUUCAGGUUGUCCUCUCCCCAUGGCCAGGUAGCCAAGAGAAGGAGAUGGUGGCCAGCUCCACUGCGCCCCCCCCCAAACCGCCGAGGUGGUUCGCAGCCGUGGGAGGUGGAGGGGAUGGAGAGGAGGAAGAUGCUUGCAACCCACAGCGAGGGGGUGAGGAGCAACGGGAAGAGGCGGAGGGCCCAAAGGCAGAGGUGGAGCUGCCGAGGAGCUGUGUGAGCAGCGAGCCCUCUGGCCCCGCAUCUCCCACAGUGGGAGUGGAUGUAGCUGGGAGCAAGUUCCCGGUCUCCAAAGAUGGGGAAUCUGCCCCUGUGGACUCAGCAGCUCAUUUGGAGGUGAGGGCUCACGAGCUGGCAGAAGGGGCCGCCUCUUUGAGGGAAGAGCCAUCAGAGGUGAAUGAGACACAUGCAGCUGAGCACUUCGAGACCUGCCCGUCAGAGUUCUCCCUGGAUGGAUUAGGCCAGUCAGGUUUAUCCCCUCUGAUGGGGACCGAGUGGGGGACGGCCUCCAACCAGGAGCCAUUCCCUGAGGACCUCAGUACAUCAAGACUAAACCCACCUUCCAAGCUAGACCUGGCCCAGCAGGAAACCUUCUGGACAGCUCUGGAAGAGCAGGAAGCAUCCGGUCACCCUGUGGGUCUCAGCUCAGCACCACGACCCCAAAGGUUAGCGCAUGGGGAGAGCCCACCGCAGCCAGAGCCGGUGCAGGGUGAUGGUGAGGGGCAGCAGGAGCUGGUGGCCGGCCCCAUGGGGCCAGCAGGAGGCCGGGCUGAGCCCAUGGCAGUGGCUGUUCCUCCCCGGGAGGCAGAGCAGGGCAGCCCCACAAGCAGCGAGCCCGGGAUAGACUUCAAGAAGGCUGAUUUCUGGAAGGCAGCAGGGGCAGAGGAGAGGCACAAAGAGGAUGCUUCAACCCCGAGGAACCCCUUUGCUCCAGCCCUCAGCCCCAACCCCCCAACCAACCCCUUUGUGGAGAAGCCACCAGAGCCUGUCCCUGUUCAAGCUGUGCUGCCCAAAAGGUUUGCUCAGGGAGGCUCCAGCUUCUCCAGCCUCCAAGAGGAAGCUCUUGGGCCAGGCUUCCCCACUCACCUCCCCGGGGACGCGCUAGGCCAACCCUUCCUGCAUGACCACCAGCCCUUGGCCUUCUCCACCCCUUUCCUCGUGGCUGCAACUAACCCAGAGCAGUUUGACUUCCCUUGCCCCUGCCCUGCCGCCACCAGCCGCGCAGCCGCCCAGCCCUGCCCUAUGCCACAGCCCGGGGACACACAAGCUUCAGCGCUCCUGGUUUUGCCCAGGGAGACACAGCCAGCUGAGAAGCCCCUUUUCCAGCAGAUCUCCAGUCCUCACCCAGUGAAACCCAUCAGCGCUGCGGUGCAGGAGGGCCCCAGUGAGAAGAAGCAGCAGCACAGGUCCAGCCUGACGGCUGCUCUGAGCAAUGGGCUCGAGAAGCUGAAGACAGCCACCACGAGCAGUGUCCAGCCUGUGGCCCCCUCCUCUCACUCGGAGAAGGCAGACUCCAAGCAGUUAAAGGAUCCCACCGUUCUGGACCAGGCAGCCAAGUAUUAUCACUUGACCCACGAUGAACUCAUCGAGCUCCUGCUGCAGAAGGAGAAGGAGCUGAGCAAGAAGGAGGAGCACAUCCAUGAACUGGAGAACUACAUUGACCAGCUGCUGGUCCGCAUCAUGGAGCAGUCUCCAACGCUCCUCCAGAUCCCACUGGGAGAAAACAAGACCAAGUAACCUCUCCCCAGAGACCAGCACUCCUCCAAUAAACACGCUGCGAGCAUCCCUGCA